GGGCUGUCGGCGCGGAAGCUGCCGUUGAUCUGCCACCCUAUAGGCGUGUGUGGCGAGUGGCAGCCUGACAGUGGCAAUCCCCCGAAUGGUGCCAGGAUGGAAUGGACCCUAGACUUGGUGCCCGACCUGCUCUUCUGGGGUGCUGCGAGCCUGGUCCUGGCGCAGGUGGCACAGGCGGUGGGGCUGGCACUCUGGCACUUGGCUUUCCCCGCGCUGUGGCUCCUGACGGGCGGGGCGUGUCUCCUGACGGCCUCGGCGAAGGUAAGCACGAAAGGCAAGGCGGUCCUCGUGACGGGCUGCGAUACAGGCAUCGGGCACGCCCUUGCGCUCAGCCUGCAUGAGAAGGGCUUCCGUGUGUUCGCGGGGUGCCUGCAGGCGGCGGCGGAGGGCGAGGGCGCCGAGGCCCUGCGGCGAAGGGCGUCCGACCGACUACACGUCCUGCAACUCGACGUGACAAGGGAGAAGCAGGUCCAGGAGGCUGUUCAACAAAUCAUCGAGAUUUUGCCUCAAGACGAGGUCCUGUGGGGCGUGGUUAACAACGCGGGCGUGAGCGGCCUCGGUCAGGUGGAGUGGGUGCCUCUGGAGAAGUACCGGGAGGUCGCGGCCGUCAACCUCUUCGGGGUCUUGGCCGUCACCAAGGCCGCCCUUCCUCUCGUCAGGAGGGCACAGGGUCGUGUGGUGAACAUCUCGAGCGUGACCGGAUGCAUCGGACGCGCCAAUCUGUCUCCUUACACGCUCACCAAGUAUGCUGUGGAGGGGCUGAGUGACUGCCUGAGGGAAGAAAUGCGGGCGUGGGGCGUGGGCGUCAGCUUAGUGCAACCGGGGAACUACUCUGCAGGAACCGAGAUCACGACGCCUGGCAGAGUGGCGCGUCAAGGAGCCCGGAUGUGGGAGACGAUGGACGCGGUCGUGAAGGCGGACUACGGCGAGGACUUCUUCAACCGCGUCGUCGAGUUGUCGAAGAAAGCUAGUUUGAGCGGGUCCCAGGACCUGACACCCAUCCUCCAAGCCGUGACCCUCGCCCUGACGCAGCAGUUCCCGAGGGCGAGGUACAGGGCCGUUGACUGUUACUACUUGGUCAAGGUCCUGUGUGCUGUUCACCUCCCGGAGUGGCUCUUCGACCUCGUGUACCAGGAGCGCCCUUCCUCCCUGCGCUGUCGAGUGCGGCUGCUUCAGGACAAGACGGAGUAAUCCAUUGUGGAAGCUCAUAUGUAUUUAUUUAUUGUAUUAGUUCGGCAUGUUUUGGCUGGCGGGCGAGGCGGUGGGAUCCAUUAGGAAAGCCGGAAAUUUAUUUAUUCAUUUAUUUAUCAUUAUCAUUCUUGUGUCUUGCUGGUGGUCUGCUUUUACAUUAUAAUCAUCUAUAAUUCAUAACUUUGGUGUUGUUGGCUGCUACUGAAACGGAGACAGAGUGAACUGUUUUUAGGCCUUAUAUUUAUUUAGUAUUGGUCGACAGUUUUUUUUUAUUUUUCAUACAUUUUAAUUUCAAUCAAUGUUACAAGGGUUGGGAAUCUUUCAUUUACUUACUUAUCCAUUUCUCCUUUUCUCUCCGCUUCCCUGCCAUUAGUCGGGGGCUAAGAACGGGGCGAAUUUUUUCCCAUUGCUCUCGUCGGUCGCUUCUUUCAAAUAUUAAAAAAAAACUCCGUGAAAUGACUGGUGGUAUUUUAAAAGCUU